CCGAGCAGUACGCGCGACGGGCCGACCGCGGAAAAGCUCAUCAUCCCGUCGAAAGUCCGGCGACGCCGGAGUAGCGCGUUUCCCGAACAGUCGUAGUCGGCAUACCGCGGUGGACAAAGAUCGAGCACCCGUCAGCUCCUUCGUCGUCCGAUAUGUCGCGUAUUUGCGUGAGCGCUGCCCAAUAACGCCACGACACAUGACAUUGGAUAAUAUUUUAAUAUAAUAUUAAAUAUAACAAUAAUAUAGUGUUCCCGUUGCACUGAGCUUCACCCGUAUUAUAUAGUCACUGGCCGUCGCGUGAUAGACGACGGCAACCACACCAUUGUUUUCCGUUUUGGAUUCAUUUUUCGAAUAUCAUUGUUUUUCGAAAACUCGAUUUUGAAGUACAUAUUAUUCUCAUUCGGGCGAGACAGCGGCGCGGCCGCUUAUACUACGUCCGGACAUGAAGGACGCCGACGAAUGUUGCGGGACCACCAUUUUCGGGUGUUUUCCAGGCGCGAGGCGCAAAAAUAAACCGUCAAAGGAGAAAGUGCAGCCACCGGAACAGCAUUUGAAGGACAGCCCUGGCGGCUCGGUACAGGCUUUCUACCGGCAAAAUCGCGGCAAGUCUUGCCGGAAAAUCAUGCGGUUCAACGGAUAUCCGAACAAAGUUCUUCUUUACCCAGAAGAAGGAUGGGCACGGAGUGCAGUUUCGAGUUACUGGACCCUCACGCCAACUUGGUGGAAUCGAAGCAAAUGCAAAGUAGUAGAAGUAACAGGAACUAGAAAGUACACAACAUUGGCUAAAAUGGUAGACACCGAUACCGGCAAUCUUUUCAUUGUUGGUUCGUUUAAUAAACGUACUGAUCCAGAUUUCAAAUUAUGCCUUACGUCCGAUGUAAGCACAGCGGACUUCAACAUGGGCUACAGUAUUACCGGUUCGUUGGAGUGUGGAUCAACAAAAAAUAACAGUUUCCAGACAACGCAUUUCGCCGUAAUUCGAAGAAGAGAUUUUGAUAUAAAUCGACCUUAACAAUAAAAAGUAACUCAAAAAAGGAAAUACAAUGAUUAUUCCGACCAAUAGAUGCAAAUCUGAGACUAUUCGCUGAUUCAUGUGUAUUCAAUCCUAAAUAAUUACAAAGAUAAUAAUACAUUAAUGGUAUACAAUAGGCAUAAAAAACAUAACUAAGAGGUAUUUGUGUUCAUAUUUUCGAAACACGCCUACGUUAAAGUUUUUGUAGCAAAAUACAUGAUUUUCGUCAUUAUAAUACAUAAUAUAUAGAUAUUGGUAUGACAAUAUUUUUUGUAGUUAAAGUCAGAAUUCAAAUUCACUGCCAAUUUUUAAUUUUUUUUUUUUUUACUGUAACAUCUUGUAAAUAUGAUAUUUAUUAAAAUCAGUACGAUCAAGUAAAUACGUAGGUUGUUUUUAACAUAAUCACUAAGAAUAGACUUGCACAAUUGUGUUUCCCGGUGCACAUUAAUUACAAGAAUAUAAAUUUGAUUAGGUACUCAGCCGAGAUGAUUUGAAACUAUUUAAUACUUAAAAUACUUCAUAUUUGGUUGUUGAAUGUAAUGGAUAAAUUAAACAAUUUUGUAGGUAUUAUGCAUUACAGUUAGAUGUGAAUGUACGUCGAUUUAAGUUUUACCAUGGAAACGAGCAUAAGUAGUUAAAAAUAUUAAAUCGUAAUAAAUGCUAUCUCGGCUUAUUUCAGAAUUAGUGUUUUUCUAAUUUUAUUAAUACAAAUAAAAUAGUUAUUAAAUAAUAUUAUUUUGAAUAGUUUAAAUCAAAACAAUAAUUAAAUAAUAUUUGAUAAAUAUAUGUUUUUUUUUAAAAUACGUACCAAAUCAAACAAUUUUGUAAUAAGUUGUAUGAUAAUUGAUAACAUUUAUUUGUUUUUAAAUAUUGUUCUUCAAAAAUUAAAACCAUAAUAUGGUUUAAAAAGCCUGUGAAAUGUAAAGUUAUUCUAUGUUAAUUUAUACGUAUUGAUAGCUGUAAUAUAAGUGCAUAAAAAUUACGUAUUUUAAGAGUAGUAUAUGUGUAAGUACCUACUUCUAUAAUUUUAAGUAUAAUAUAAUUAUUAUUAUUUCUAAGUAGAAAAUUUAAUUUUAAAUUUUUUUUGUUACUUUAAAAAAAAAAAUCAAAAUGUAUUAAUUUAUUCUAAAAAGUAAAAAUAAUGGCUUUUAUGUUGUACACAUUUUAAACACAGAUUCGUCACCCUAUAGAUCCAUUUCCAAUGGACAUGGUAAAUAACAUUAAAGCAGGGUGAAGUUUCAGGGAAAAGUUUUAAAAAAAUGCAGAACAUAAAACUUUCUAUUUCAGAUUUUCAGUUAAAGUUUUAAGAAUUCGCAUGAGCUAUAAUGUAAAUUUCUAGCAUUUUAUAUACUUUUCAUUGCAAGUCCAACAAUAAUCCGUACGUGAGUUGGUUUUAUCACUCAAACGUGAUUCAGAUAUAUCUGAUCAGAUGUGUAUGCGCUCAAAUAUCUUGAAUUUCUUAAAAUUUAACAAGUAAUUAUUUUAAUGUUACAUCCGUUUUGUACAACCAAUAUUAUAUUGUUAGCAUCAACAUUGUAAUAAUAAGUAAUUAAUAACUAUAGUAUAAGAGUUAUAAGUCAGAAACAAUGAGUUCAUUAUAAAAAAAUGAUUUUAAAUUAAAAAUACUAUUUAUUAUUCAUGAUUAAUUUGUUUUUUUUUUAAAUAUAGUUAUAAUAAUAUACAUUAAUCGGUGUUUUACGGCCAUAAAAUCAGAUAACCCGUCCAUAAACAUUUUGAUGUCACUAUCCAAUAAACAUCUAACUAUACGUUUAAGAUAUUAUUUUAAAUGUUCUGAUAUUUUUUAAAUAUUUUGCCUACUGCUUUAGUUAAAUCUUUGUGUCCUAAAAAUUAGACUUGUAUACACACUAUCAUAAAGUAUUUUGGUAUAAAAUUAUGAAAUUGAAUAGAACUGUAUAUUAUAAUUAAUUAAUGUAUAAGAUUGUAAAAUAUGCUUUCAUAGAACUGUUUAUUUAUGACUUAAGAUUAGGCAUAAAAAUAUAUGUAUUUAUUGUGUAUUUGCUUUAAUUAUAACACAUUUGUGAUAUUGAAAACAACGUAAAUAAAUGUUUAUCAAUUUGCUAUAUUCA